GAAAUUUUUUAAAAAUUAUAGCGAAUAUAAAAGCCAAACAUAUGGGCCAUAAAAUGAUUAGAACUUUUAUAGACCCAAUAUUCAUAACAAAAUGUUGAAUACAAAAUUGUGUUUUAUUGUCGGAGCAUUCCUUGUAAUUUUCAUCACCCCAAUUCGGUCAGUCGAUUUGACUAAUGCAGCAUGCCUCGAUUGCGCCGGAGAUUCCAUGCUCACGCUAGUUGAAAAAUAUUCCGAGAAGCUGGAAUGUUGGAUGGACACCAAUCACCAUGUCAUCGUUAAGCUCCAAGUAUUCAAUCUCAUGGAACUUGCUGAGAAUUUCAAAUCGGUUGUGGAUAAAAAUAAUGAAGUAGUGGCGGAUGAGUGCAAGAAAGAAGUUACUUUGGAAUCAUGUGACAGCAAAGAUUGGGACAAGGAUUGCUAUUGUGCCAUGGAUAAUCUCAGGACAGUUGUUGAAGCGUAUCGUGAUCAAGAGAAAUGUAAUGGCCAGCUGAUUGAGUCUCCGAUGCUGAAAAUUGCCAGUAGACUUGUGUUGGGCUCCUUUGUUGGUUGGGGUUUCAUACAUCCAGAUUGUUGAUAGAAUGUGUGGGGGAGAUUGUGGAGAGGAAUUUUUUUAAUUAAAAGGAAAUUGACAUAAAAUAAUAAAAGAAAAUUUAAAAGUUUAAGAAAACAA